UUUAGCUAUGCAUACAAUUUCAUGGAGAUCAAGUGUUUAGUAUUUGUAAGUUUUUGCUUUUGAUCUAUUGCAACGUUUUAUAAUAUUAACUACUUAUUUGUUCUUGCCUUCACAGAGUGAUCAUUAACUAUUUGAAAGUUAUGAACAAUGGAAGGAAGCCCUGCCUUCAGAAGGGUGCCAGGGUCCCGGGACCUGCUCCUCCAGCCUUCGCAUGAAGCUGCCACUGUCUCCGCCGCCAUUAAUUCAGGGGCGAUUCAAGACCACCAAGACCACCUCCUCUGACACCCUGGGCACGGACAGCCUGAAACGGUGCCUGCUCGUACAGUGCUCGGGACCUGCCCAGUGGCCACAGACAAGCAGACUCGUCGAGGCCAUCUGCAUCCAGCUCUGCCACCUCCACCCAUCCUCCACCAAGUCCAAAGGUGUGAAGACUUCCCGGUGGGCGGCUAUCGUCGGCGACUACUCCAAAGUCCGAGAGCUGGUGCUGGGCAGCCAGAGGCUCGUGGAGAAGACCACCCUCCAGCUGUUCGAGUUGAAUCAGCACACCCUGUCUCAAUGGCACAACAAACGCCAGAAGGGGCAGGAGCAGGCUGUCCUUCAACAGGGGGUCACACCCCCUAGCGCCAGCGCAGUGGUCCCAGAGCCUCAACCGCAGCCGCGCCUGCUGCUACAGGAGGGCAUGACAUACGGACACCAGCCGCAUGUCUUUUCCCAGACCGCAGACCGCAGUCCUGGACCACUCAGCCACCCCUGCGCCACAUCCCACUUCAUCUCCUUCCACCUCUUCAGCUGCUCCCAGUUUUUACAAUAUCCAAUUUAUUAUUUUAAGGCUUUGUCUCACAACUGCAACUUGCCCAUAUUGACUCAGGAGAGACGAAGGCAAGCACUCCCGUCCUCCGAAACAUUUAUUUUUUUAUGGUGGUGCAUUGUUUCUUUUUUCCGUUUUGUGUUCUAAUGUACCCCAGCAAACCUACAUAGCAUUUCAUUCAGCACAAGUUGGACUUUCCUCUGGUCAAAGGCCCUACGUGUAAAGCUGAUUGCAUUACUGAACCACAAGUGUAAUGUAAACACUAAAAUGUAUAUAUUAUAAUCUGUUUUGUUCCAGUUUAACCUGUUUUGUUUGCUAUGUUGAAAGCUGUAUUGUUGAAUUUGUCAUUCAAUGUAAUUAAAUAUUUCUAGUAUGUUAUUCAUAUAUUGCACUACCUGCUCCUCUGUUUAAAAAGUAUCAGUAUCUGUGGACAUCACUCAUAAACACGUUGGGUUUACCACUAUGUCCUUGGAUGUUAGGCUGAUGUAAUCAAGACAGACAGACAGGUGGGGGUGAAACACUAAACACUGAAACAAAAGAUCAUCUUGUUGGUUGCAUGAGAUAUGCCUUUAAUUUCUAUUCAUUCAAUGUAACAGAAUAAUUUAUUGUAAUAAAUAUAUAUGUAUGUAAUAAUUUGUAUGCAUUCAAUGUAACAGAAUA